CUCGGGCGAUUUAUUCCCACUGUGGAUUUUCCACAGAAGACACGUUCCACUCGUUCAAUGCCAGCUAGACAUAUAUGCGCAAAACAAUCGCGUCACCUCGCAUAGUUUACAAUCUCGAAUGCUCACCGUCGUUUUCAGUUGGCAUUGAGCUACUUGUCCUGUUUUUGCGUCGCUUUUCUUCUAUUGGAUUUUCGAAAGGGCGUGUUUGGCCGAAUCUGGACCGGGAGUUGCAGCUCCUGUACUUGGGAGACUGGUGAGGAAUGACAGCAACUGGAAAUUCACUGCAAUCCGCCUGAAUGGACGCAAUGGAUUAUAAAGAUCUUGGACAUCAUUUCGAGGAGAAGCUGACAUUGACAGAGAAAUCUCUGCCCUUGCAAGGUGACUCUCAGCCCACCCCCAAUGGAGACAAGUGUGCGGGGAGCGUAUUUCUGACGCCGGACGAUUCAGCCAUCACAGACCUUUCUCCCAAGACUGAGUCCUGCACCAAAGCAGAAACCCCCACAGAGAUGACGGAUGCUUCCUGCAAGACGGACCGGUCAGCCCCCGGCACCGGCGGGAGCCCCCAGCCCAAGAAAGAUGCCAUGAACUCGGAGCAGCGGCAGAAGCUCGCCAAGCAAAGGAGGGAGGAAAGAGCCCGAUAUAUCGAACAACAAACACAGUUGCAAGCGGCAAAGAAAGCUCAGUGGCUGGAGAAGGAGGAGAAGGCCCGGCGUCUGAGAGAGAGUCAGCUGGAGGACCGCAGGAAGAAGCUUGAGGAACAGCGACUGAAGGCUGAAAAGCGCAGAGCCCUUCUGGAGGAGAAACAGCGGCAGAAACUAGAGAAGAACAAGGAGCGAUACGAGUCAGCCAUCAAGAGGUCGACGAAAAAGACGUGGGCCGAGAUCCGCCAGCAGAGAUGGUCUUGGGCGGGCGGACUCAACCAGACUUCUCGCAGGGAAAGCAGAUGCUCGGCCUCCACGGUCAACUUGCCAAGACAGGUGGACCCUGUCAUUAACAACAGGCUGUCCAAGUCCUCUGCCACGCUCUGGAACUCCCCCAACAGAACCCGCAGCCUGCGCCUGAGCCCGUGGGAGAGCAGGAUCGUGGAGCGGCUCAUGACGCCGACGCUUUCCUUCCUGGCUCGCAGUCGCAGCGCCGCCACCCUCCUCAACAACAGUGACUCUUACUCUCAUCACUGCUCCCGUUCAGCUUCGGCCAGUCCGCUCAACGCCUACUCCCACCACCAGCACCGGAACUCCGCCGAGCGCUGGAGGUACUCCUCUGCCAGCACGCCCGACAUCACCCAGCGCCAACGCCAACGGAUAUCCACACCGGUUGACCAAAAGAAGAAGGAGAAGAAAGACAAGGAGAGAGAGAAUGAGAAAGAGAAGAGCGCACUGACAAAAGAGAGAGUACAGAAGAAGAGACAGACUCCAUCGCCCACCACACUCACAAGGAGAUCCCAGACAGAGUCCAGCACCCCCAAGCCGAGAACAAGACCUCCAUCGCCCGCUCCUCCCAAAAGUCGGCCCUUGUCGCCUUUGGUACCGGCGGCGGGUUCCAAGACGCCCGCGGGGAAGAAGACACCCCCUCCCGCUACCAAGACCCGACCCAAACGGGCUCAGACACCCGCCAGGGUGCAGCCCCAGACGGUGACCGCGGUCGCCGUGGAAACCGGCCAAGAAUCCAAGGAGUCUGACACUCCCGAGGAGAAAAAGGACUCCGGUAAUGUGUCGGCUUCUGCCCCAGCCGCAUCUCCCUCCCCCAGCCCGCCACUUGUUGAAGCCUCCUCCGGUGCCGUGCCUAAAGAAGAGCUGACCACACCAGCUGCCUCCCCCGCAAAUAAUCCCGCUACCCCCGCGGUGGCGGCGGCCAGCAGGCCGUCAGCUGGCACCAACGACCCCGAGGAGGCCGCCCGCGUCCUGGCCGAAAAACGCAGACAAGCGCGGGAGCAGCGGGAACGAGAGGAGCAGGAGCGUCAAGAGCAAGAGCACAGGAACAGGAUCCUCCGGGAGGAGGCGAUGGCGCGGGAUGCAGAAGAGCGGAAGCGCAGAGAGGAGGAGGCUCGUUUCAUGGCCGAGCAGCAGCGUCUGAGGGAUGAAGUCCAGCGAGCCGAAGAGGAGAAGGAGGCCAAGGAGCGGGCCAGAGCUGAGCAGGAGGAGAACGACAGGCUGCAGAAGCAGAGGGAGGAGGCCGAGGCCAAAGCACGCGAAGAAGCCGAGCAGCAGCGCGUCGAGAGGGAAAAACACUUCCAAAAAGAAGAGCAGGAGCGACUGGAGAGAAAGAAGCGCCUCGAGGAGAUCAUGAAAAGGACUCGCAAGAGUGAUGCUGGAGAAAAAAAGGAUGUGAAGGCGUCUCCGCAGGUGAAUGGAAAGGACACAGACCUCAGUAAAGACAAAAACUUGGUGAGCCCCCCUGCGAGCGCAUCCGGUCCCGUCGCGAACGGCGUGCAGUCUGACGGUCACCAGAACGGCGUGUCGGCCAACGGCGAGUUUGAUCAGAUCAUGCAGCUGAACAGUAGCGCUAACCCGGCUGCUCCCCAGAGUGGACUGGUCACGGGAGGGGAGCCCUUCCUGAUGAAAACGGGCCCCAUGAAACCUCAGCACGUAGCAGAGGUCCUGUGAGUCUUUCAUCAAUCCAUUCGUGGACAUGCGCCUUACGUCUCCGCUUCAGCAUAGAGAUUCAUGCCACACCACAACAGCUUAGAAAGUUUAAAAAAAAAAAAGAAAAAAUAGUGUGCCAAACAAAUGACACCCCCGUGCUGACUCCAUGACAACUUGUAGGAUCUGAUACAGGAGGACAAAGGAGGAGAGAAACAUCCCAAAAAUGGGGGGCAGGGUCAGGGGGAAUCAUUCAGUAUUCUCUGUCUUCAACAUGUGGUCUGGUGCAAGUUUUUUUGAAAUGUCACAUGCAAAUUUUACGGUGCACCUUAAAGAUGACUGAAUUUUUGGAAAAAUACAGUAUAAGACCCCAGGGGGAGGAAAAAAAAAACAGAUAUCCAGUUUGACAAUGGUUGUUAUUAUUACGCCCAUUCUGAUAUUGUUAAGUUGAACAAUGUGUGUUUGUUGUUGUUGUUGUUUUUUUUUUUUUUUUGUCUUGAAAUGUUGAGUUAUUUAACAUGAGGAGCAGACAGUGUAUGUAAAUGUAUAAUGAGCCUGGCUGCCUAUAGGCCUCCUGUCGCAGGGGAUCUGUGAAAUAAAGCUUUAUGAAAGGGAA